AUGGAUCGACAGAUGAAGCAUAUCACCGAAAAGAUACAGCGAAAUAUACACUUCAAGAUUCACGUGCCCGAAAUAAUAAACCAUCAAAUUCAUACAAAAACGGUGUUCAUACAUAUUCACAAACCGGAUAUUUCGACAGCACCGAAGAAGCCUAAGGAAGAAGAACCAAAGAAGAAGAAGAAGAAGAAGAAGACCUAUCACAAGGAAUCACAUCAUGAAGAUUGGAGUUCCUGGAGUAAUUACGGCUAUCAAAGCGAUCACGACGAUCAAUCAGACAACAAUCUCAAAGAUCAAAAGGAUCAUAAAGAUGACGAUGUUCACAAAGAGGUGGAGCCCUUCAAGAGCCCUUACGCCCAGUAUCACAAAGAUUCUAAUAUUCCCAUGUUGCAAGACAACGAGAAACCUAAUUUUCUGCAGGAACAACACGGCGAUAUGAUAGGAUAUUCGUAUCCACCGCAGUACGAAGUAAAAGAGGACGUUAAAGAAAUAAAUAACAAUGACAUUGACCCUUAUAUUCACACGUAUGAAGAAAAUUAUCAUAAGGGGGGCGAGUCCGCUAGCGGACACACGUAUUCGGGUGAUGUCACGAAAUUCUAUGAUGACAAACACGAAGAGGGUGAACACUCCGCUGAUGAGUAUAAAAAUGAAUUAAAAGAGAAAACUCAUGCAGGUCGUUAUUUCGUCGAUGAUUCCGAACACCAGCACAGUAACAAAGCGGAGAAGCGUGUGUCUCCUAGAAUUCUUACGCGAUCGCGUAAGAAUACUGGAGAGACUUGA